AAGAACGGAAAAAGCGUAAUAUUAGCGAGCUUUGAUUGGCUGAAGCAAGAAGACUUCUGGACACUGAUUGGCUCCGUCAUUCGCGGGAAGGUGUCUGUGGCGCCAGCGAAAAGUAGAUACAGCGCUGGGGCCGCAGUAAGAUUCUGAGGCGUCCGGCGAAGCCAGCCGACCUGAGCUUUCUGGGCCUUUUUCGAAGAAAUUGUGACCAUGAUGUGGAAUAGUAAUGCAGGUGGAUAUGAAAGCUAUGGCAGCUCUACCUUUGGGGGAGCCGGCGGCUACACACAGUCCGCUGGGGGCUUUGGAUCGCCGACACCUUCUCAGGCAGAAAAGAAAUCAAGAUCCCGAGCCCAUCACAUUGUACCCUGUACCAUAUCUCAGCUUCUUUCUGCCACUCUGAUUGAUGAAGUGUUCAGAAUUGGGAAUGUUGAGAUUUCACAGGUCACUAUUGUGGGGAUAAUCAGACAUGCAGAGAAGGCUCCAACCAACAUUGUUUACAAAAUAGAUGACAUGACAGCUGCACCCAUGGAUGUUAGACAGUGGGUUGACACAGAUGAUGCCAGUGGUGAAAACACUGUGGUUCCUCCAGAAACAUAUGUGAAAGUGGCCGGCCAUCUGAGAUCUUUUCAGAACAAAAAAAGUCUGGUGGCCUUUAAGAUCAUGCCCCUGGAGGACAUGAAUGAGUUCACUGUACAUCUUCUGGAAGUAGUGAAUGCACACAUGAUACUGAGCAAAGCUAACAGCCAGCCCUCAGCAGGAAGAGCAUCUAUCAGCAAUCCAGGAAUGGGUGAAGCAGGGAACUUUGGCGGGAGUAGCUUCAUGCCGGUAAAUGGCCUCAGUGUGGCUCAAAACCAGGUGCUGAAUUUGAUUAAGGCUUGCCCGAGGCCUGAAGGAUUGAACUUUCAUGAACUCAAGAACCAGCUCCAGCACAUGCCUCUCGCCUCAAUCAAGCAAGCUGUGGAUUUUCUAAGCAAUGAGGGACACAUCUAUUCCACCGUGGAUGAUGAUCAUUUUAAAUCCACAGAUGCAGAAUAACUGGAGUGAAUUGGGGACCCAACAUAGUUUCCAACUGAGCCUAUAUUCACAAUCUCUUGUCUCCAGCCAUGCACAUAUUUGGCCAAUUGACUUCUAGAAAGUAGGUUUCAUCUAUAAAAGGUCUCAAUUAACAUCCUAUUGCUCUUCUGUUUUUUUUGAAGCUCAAAGGCAUGAAGGCAACUAACAGGUGUAAACCAGAGUAGAUUUCUUAGAAGUUACAAACUAGCUGGUUAUCAGGAUAGAUAGAAAUGGAACAGGGAUGCUACCAAGAGAGUUGGGGGAUGUUACUUAAAUAAUACUCGGGGUCUCUAUUCCUAAAAUGUUUCUAACUGUUAAGAUAAGUAGGAUUAGGGCCUGUGAGCAGACAGCUAGCCAAAAAACCCACUAACCUCUGUCUGUUUUUGUUCCCCAUUUUGGUUAUGUGGUAUUACUUUCAGAAUUGCACUUUUCCUUCACCAUGUCAUAACUGCUGCCAAAAGUGGCUUUAUAAACAUGAGGUUCUAGAGUGGUGCCCUUGGGCAGAGAAGAGGAAGAAAUGUUACCGUGUUUUAUACAAAAUAUUACAUCCAUAUGUUUAAUAAAAUAGUUCUAUUAUUGCA